AUGGCUGCUCAGCAGAACGGUGCUUCCAAUGACUUUACCGUCAAGGCCGGUUUGGCCCAGAUGUUGAAGGGUGGCGUGAUCAUGGACGUUGUCAAUGCGGAACAGGUAUGCGCUCAAUUGAUGAAAAAACGAUCGGCACGACUUGCGAUACUGACGACCAUCCUUCCUGCAGGCCCGCAUUGCUGA